GCGAAAUGAUUUGAAAAUCAAAAUAAAUCAAAAAUGCAUGGUUAAAAAUUUUUAAUCCAUUUUACUCAAAAAUGGAAAAAUGGCAGAAAACGUUCAUAAAUUAUUACAUCCUGAUUUAAUGUCAAGAGAAGAAAUUAUUGAAAUCCUAAUAUCGAGAUGCAUUAAAAUCGAUAAUAUUGAACAAUUAAAUCGUUCUGAAUUAUUAAAUAUAUAUAAUCGUAUAGUCAUGCCAUUGGAACAAAGGUGUUCACGGCAAAAUGGUGUUAAGAAACCUACACAAGAAACGAACCAUGAAAAAAAAGUGUGUGCAUCGUUACCACCAUGCCGAAAAAUUAAAGUAAAUGCGGCAUCGAAUAGUAAUUCAAACGAUUAUGAUAAACAAAAGAAAAUAUUAAAAAUGUCUGAUGAUGUUAGUAAGUUAAGUUUAAAACGAAGUAUAUCGGCUGAAAAUGAUAAACCUGAAAUUCCAAAUAAAAAAGGGAGACAAAAAAUUACAUGGCCUUGAGAUUUCAGUAUAAUUUACGAUUAUAAGUGAAUUUAGGUUUGAACAGCGAUUAGGUUCUUUUACGGUAUUUUUAAGAAUAGAAUUGCAGCUUAUUUUUAU